AAGAGGGCCAGAGUCGAAUUACCUGAAGGAAUGUCUAGAAAUCAAUAUAAGAAGCUCCAGCGUCAGAAAAAAUGGGACGAGACAAAAUCUGAAUAUCGUAAGAUAAAGAAGGAAAAGAAGAAGGCAGCUGCCAAAAGAAGAAAGGAACAAGGAAUUGUGGAUGAAGAAACAAACUACCAUAUGGCUAGAAGGCCCAAAACUUUGCCUAAGAAUCAGAUUGCUACCAAUGUCCAUGUGAUAAUGGAUUGCGAAUUUGAUGAACUUAUGAACCAGAAAGAGAUAGUUUCACUUUCAAACCAGAUCGCACGCUCGUAUUCGGCUAAGAGACACUGUGAGUAUGAAGUGAGUUUGAAGAUUUCCUCCUUUAACAAAACCUUAAAGCAGAGAUUUGACAAGCUGGUGUCGCAAUACAAAUUAUGGAAGAAUAUCGAGUUUGAAGAAAACGACAAAUUGGCUGAUAUCUUGCCUAUUGAUUCGCCGGAAGAGUUAAGUAAGUAUGUUUACUUAACGGCAGACACAGACGAAGUGAUCAACGAUUUGGAGCCUGAUCACACAUACAUCAUUGGAGGAAUAGUAGACAAAAACAGACACAAGUUAUUGUGUGUGAACAAAGCCAAGGAACUUGGGUUGAGAGUUGGGAAGUUGCCAAUUGACAAAUACAUCGAGAUGAAUGGUCGUCAAGUGUUGGCUACGUCGCAUGUCUACGAAUUAUGUUGCAAGUGGUUUGAAACCGGUAAAGACUGGGGGAAAGCGUUUAAUGAAGUUCUUCCACCUAGAAAGGUCAAG